AUGCUGCGCGUGCUGUUGAGAGGAGGACCGCGAGGCCUGACCUCGACUAGCGUCACUACUUCGCCGGAGGAGGGCAGCUGCAUCAUGGAUGACGCUGACAUCAGCUCGACCGCCACCACCACAACGCCCCCCUCGGGGCAGGUGAAGCCUAAGAUGGCCGAGGCGGUGGCGCUGCCGCUGGGCGUGGUGAACAUGAUGAACGUGGUGGCGAUGAAGGCGACGACCAUCGCCACGAAGGGGGAUAGAAAGGAACAGCUCAGCAUUGGGCAUGAAGAGGAGGAAGACGAUCGCGUGGAGGGCGAGGACGACGAAGACGUGGACAUGGACUCGCCGCGCUACAAGAAGCCCAGACGAGAAGUAGAGCAGAAGAAGAAGGAACAUGAAAUCAACGAGCACAUGGACACCCACUCCGAGGAAGAGAAGCAAGAGCCCUUGGAGUCACUCCUCUUCAACACGUUGCCACCCGAGCUGGUUGUGCGCGUCUUCCACUACUUGCCGGUCAGGGAUCUGGCUCGGGCCUCCCUGACCUGCUCCCUCUGGUACUCACUUGCCCAAGAGGACCAGAUCUGGCGCUCCCUCUUCAACCACUUCCUCGAGUGCAGCCCGAGCGAGCGAGCCACGACGACGACCACGGCGGCGGCGGGAGGGGAGGGGCGUCGGAGAGGGAGCGUGAGCACCGGCGACGGGUCGUGGAAGGCGAGGUUCAGGGACACCUACAGCGUCAAGCGCAAGUUCUGGUUCGGUUCCAACGAGGCGUUCGUCCACCUCGAUCACACUUCGUUCCGCUGCAGCGAAGACGAAGACGAAGAGCAGUUUCUCACAGGCGAGGUGGUGCUCAACAUCUACUCCGAGUCGAUCACUACGCACGGGCUCUACCUGGCCCUCGCGGCGCUGGCCGUGCGGCACACGUGCCCGCGCGGCAUGUGGUCGCCGGCGACGGACCAGUGCGCGGCGUGCCCCGAUUACAUGGACACCGACCGCUCGGGCGCCACGUCAGCGGCUCAAUGCCGGUGUCGGCCGGGCUACGUGGUCGGCAGCGGCAACGGCAGCGACGGCGACGGGUGCCAACCGUGCCCGGCCGGCACCUGGAGCCACGACGGAUCGUGCGUGGCGUGCGCCGAAGGCCUGACUAGCCAGCCGGCCAGCCCGCUGCGGAGUUACUGCUACAACCCGGCCGGCGACAAGACCUGCCGGCGGCUGUAUAUCACGGGUCUCAGUACAGAGUGGUACCCCGACGGCGUGCUCGACGGCUUCUACGAGUGGGACGGCUUCGCCACCCUGCGCACCCAGAUCUUGUACCGCUUCGCCGGCGGGUACGACAUCUGCCUCAGCGCCACAACCACCUUGCCGUGGGCCUGGCAGCCGUGCAGCGACCGCGAGGCCGUGCGCAUGGGCGACCUGGGCGAGGUGAUCUACUACUCCUAUAACUGGGCGACUCCGCUGGACUGGUCGCUGCCCGACGACCUCAAGACUACGGGAGGUACCGGGGCCUGGCCCGUCGCCCCGCCGACCGUUGUCUGCGCCGACGACAGCGACCCUCGGUAUCCGUCGCCCUCGGCCUCACCGCCCACGGUCACGGCGUCGCCAUCGCCGUCGGCCGCACCGUACGCGCCGGCGUGCCUAACUUUCCUCAUGUCCGGCUUCGCACCGACGAUCGCUUCGGGGCAGCCCAUCUCCGAGCUUGGCCAGGCGCUCAACGGCUUCUACGAGUGGGACGGCGUGAGGCCGUCGGGCCAGGACCAGCCGCGCUACCGCCUCUUCGGUACCGACGUGUGCCUCAUGACCGGCUGGGCGUCGGACGUGUGGGCGUGGCGCACGUGCUCAGGCGGCGACUACGUCGGGUUCGCGAUCCAGGGGUGGAGGCAGCCGCCCAAUACAUUCACUCAAGCGAGCAACUUCGCUUUUGUCUACUUCGAGCCCGGCAGCAGUGGCGGCGAACUGCUCACAAGCCUGGGCUCCCUGGUGGUGACGUGCAAUCCGACCAGCGGGCUGCCAUCCAAUCUGCCGUCGCCGACGAGCAGCCCCUCGCCCUCGCCCUCGCCCAGGCCGCUGGUGCCGCGCCCGAGCGAGCGAGCCACGACGACGACCACGGCGGCGGCGGGAGGGGAGGGGCGUCGGAGAGGGAGCGUGAGCACCGGCGACGGGUCGUGGAAGGCGAGGUUCAGGGACACCUACAGCGUCAAGCGCAAGUUCUGGUUCGGUUCCAACGAGGCGUUCGUCCACCUCGAUCACACUUCGUUCCGCUGCAGCGAAGACGAAGACGAAGAGCAGUUUCUCACAGGCGAGGUGGUGCUCAACAUCUACUCCGAGUCGAUCACUACGCACGGGCUCUACCUGGCCCUCGUGGGCGAGGAAUGCUUCAAGGCCAUCGACGCCGAAUCGCUCUCCAUGAACGCGACUGAAGAGAAGAGCACGCUGGUGGAGAUAUACGUGCCUCUGUCGGGCAACACCGAGUGGAGUGAGCGCAAGAAGAACAAGCACAUGUUCUUCCGCGGCACCUACCACUACCCCUUCCGCGUGCCCAUCCCGCGCAAGACCAUCGCCGAUCGUGAUCUGCCGCCGUCAUUCAAUCGGCGGGUGAAGACGUCGAGCGGGUUCUUUCGGGUGACGUACCACGCCUACUCGGUGCUGGUGCUGUCGUUCCCGCACUCGAACAUGACCUCGCGCAAGCACCCGCUCCGCUUCCGCCUCUCGGACCGCAUGGAGAACCGGCUGCGGACCAAGGUCAUGCGCAAGUACUCAGCGCCGAUCACCGACCGCCUCACCCACAACUCGUUCAACUACAUCUUCUUCCAGAAGAGCGGCAACGUCGUGUUCGAGGUCGAGCUGCAGAAGCAGUACUUCUUCAUCAACGCCGAGGAGAUGAAGAUCGGCGUGAGCGUGGACAACUCGCACGGCCGGUUCCCGGUCCACUCGAUCACGGUGGCGCUGGUCGAGGUGCUCCAGGAGCGCGGCAACGGGUUCUGCCGCGAGGUGGUCGAGCGCCGCGGCAGCCGGCGAGUCUAUGGCGAGGCCGACGGCGUGCAGGUGGCCAAGGGCGAGGUCAGGCGCGACAUCGAGCUCUACUACCCGGUCACCGACGCCAACGCCAAGGGUGGGAGCCUGUUCAACUGCGCCCUCUUCCAGCAGCGCUUCGCUGUGUGCGUGUCACUAAACAUCUUCGGCUGUGUGGACCCGCGCAUCGAAAUCCCGCUCUUCGUGCUGCGGGUCCCCUCGUGA